UUUUUUAAUGUACUGAUUUUUAUGGCAACAAUGUUUGUGCUUCUUGGCUGCUUAGAAGGUAAAAUGGCCGCCCACUGUCUGUGGCCUUUGAUGAAGCAUUAGGUUGAGGUGUUCUGCAUCUCCCUCAGGUUAUUCUCCCGUGUCUCUCUUCCACUCUCCGUUCACCUUCUUGGCUCCAUUUUCUUCAGCUCCUUUCACUUAUUGUUGCUCUGUCUCUAACCACUCUGCUUUUGUCUCCACACUCGGAACUCAGAAGCACUUUAUUCCUUUUACCUCCAAGAAGCUGAUUCAAAAUGUUCGUGACCUUGACAGUUAAGACGACUGAGUUUCUUCUCUUUAGUGGCGAUUGUCUUCUGGGGUCCGACAUCAUUUGAGAGAGGGAUUGAUUCCUACUGACUGGAAGGUCUGUUGGUUCAGAAUCUACAGCACUCUGACUCCUGUUCCCUGACUCGUAGUUUCUGACAUAAACAGCAGGGCCCGAAAAAGGGUUAACGUGAACUGGAUAAAUAAAUAAUUCAUGGCGAGAGAUAGAAUAUCCAAGGGCAUUUAUUCAUCAGCUAAUCAACAUGAUCACUGUCUGAGUGAAAAAUAAAAUUAGGACCAGAAGACUGUCUAAAUACAAUCAGAAAAAAAUGAUCUUGAGAGGCUUCGAGGGGUGUUUGUCUAAAGCUGGAGCGGCCUGGAAAUUUCUCUCGCUGGAUACAGAGUGUGUUAGGGGGUGUACCAGCCAAGCUAAUGAUAAGUUUUAAAUGACGGAAGAGUUAGUAUGGAUGGCAGUAAGAUGGGCUGUGCAAACAGAGUUCUUCCAUUUUUAGAGCCCUUAUUAAAUAAAAAUAAUAAUAAACAAAACCCAAACAACUAGAUAGCAAAGUCAAAAGCAAAAAAAAAAAAAGCACAUAUUUAUUUAAAAGUUAAGUAAUAGCAUAUUUCCACAAACCACAAGACCCAAAUAAUAGUGGUGAACCAUUAACAGCCACAAAUCUUGUCUGCUGUAGACAUGUUUGUGGACGACAGAACAGCCCCCCAGGCACGUUCUGAGAGAUGCCCCUCUAUCACUUGAAGAUUCUUCCUCCCUACAAAGCAACUUCCUGGCUUCUCUCGGCUCAGAGGAGACAGUGGUAUAUCUGACUGGUAGAUUUGGGAAGAAUAAACUGGGUGUGCUUGUCUUACAGUCCCUGUCCUUCCCAGGAGUGAGUUACAAAUAGGCUCACUCUCUACCCUUCCACAGACCGGACGGCCCUAUACUAGGAGGAGGCGCUACAUGGAGGUUUGAGGAUGAAGCCUGUUCGUGCUGGAACUCUGGGCCAGCAAGCAAGCUUCUUUAACAGAUCAAAGCCAAAGCCCCCCGAUUCUUAAAAGUCUCUCAGUAGCAAAGGUAAAAUUUUGGCUUUGUUUCCCCUCUUUUAUUUCGCCAACUGUUUAGAGUCUAAGUCGGAAAGAAAGCACCUUUACUGACACUGUAAAACAGACCUAAAGAGGAAAUGCUUCAGAGACGGCGGAUUUCGUUCUUGCUCUUUCGUUUAAGAGCACCGUUUGCGUGGGUCACAGUGUGGUGCGCUGGUGGAGAGCCCUGCUGGCACCGUUCAAGUUCCAACAUCAGCUUCUUUACUUCUGUGUUGCGCUACACAUUCAACCCCUGAGAUCUAUUUCCCAUCCAAAAGUACGGGAAUGUUAAUUCUUACCUCUUACAGAUACUGUGAGUAGCGAAAUAAUAAAAAUACAACAGGAAAUAUCCACGUCGUUCAAUGUAUUGUGCCUUCUACAAGCACGCCGCGCCUGCUUUUAGUGUAUGACUUGCCAUAACAGAGUUCUCUGAGGCAAAAACUGUCUGAUUGUAAGAACCGCGCAGCUCCGGGCGUGGAAUAGAGUCUAAUGCUUGUUUGCUGUGUGGGUGGAUGAAACAGGAGGUGAGGUUGAAAGCCCAAGGCAGGAGCCCUGUUCUUCAGUGAAGCAGAGUCCUUUACUAAGAGAAAAGGUAUCGCUUCAGUUUUCUUCACAGUUUAUCAGAAAGCUAGAAAGUGCGUUUUAUAAUUAUUGGCAAAUGUAUUUUGUCUAAAUGUGCUUGGAAAAUAUAUACAUUUUUUUAAAAAAGUCUGUUAUUCAAUCAUGAAUCUUUGCUGCCCUCUAGUGGAAUAAAAACACAAAGCAGGCUGCUGGCCAGAUGUGGAUAUGAUCUAAAUACACACAAUUACCAAAGAAUAAAUAAAAAAUGUAAAAGUCAUUUCUGAAAAAUCAAAACAGCUUUUCCUCGUAAGUGUGUUCCAAGCAGUUGCUCUCAUACCUUUUUCAGGUUUUUCUUUUCCAACAUUUGCAUUAGUGCCUCAGACAAGGAUUCGUUUAUUUGCAUGCAGAAUCUAGUUCUGAGGGAUAAUCUGCUUCACUGUCUAAAUUUUGCAUCAGUUAUAUGCAAUUUUGAAAUAAGCAACACGAAAGUCGGAAAACAGUUGCAGUGGAGGAUGUCCGUGGGUUCCCUUCUCACGUAGACCUGCACAGUUAAUCCUGCGCUCUAACUUCAGAUUACGUCCCAAUUGUAGGUCACUCAGAGGCCCACAGUGGGGUCUCAAAGAAUCCUCAAUUCAAUCCAAACAGUUUUCUGAGUCCUGAGGGGCUUCGAAACUCAGGGAAGCAAAGGUUGGUUGGAAUGUAACAACAUAGAAAGGCAGUCUUUACGAGUAAAAAGGAAAACUCCGUGGUCCAGGUACUGCUGCAUCUGUCAGAAAGCCGCUGUACUGAUACCACUCGAAAGACUGCUGCGAGGGAAGGUUACCGGUGCAAUGGCUUCCUAGAGUAGGCAGAAAGCGUGUGGGUUCUGGAAAGGUGGGUAGCGUGUUCAAUAAAAAAAAUAAAGGCAUCUUUGGAGGAGUCAGAGAUAGAAAACUGGAUUAGAAAAGUACAGCAUCAACUUCAGGGAAAGGUCUAACCUGGGAACUGCUGCCGUGGUGGAUACAUUCAGGAAAGCAAUGGAAGUACGUCCUAGUUAGAACCAGGUGAGGAGGACCAUUAAGACAAAGCAGACUUUGUCAGCUUUGAAAAGUUGUUGAGGAUUUGUAAGGGAUCACAAUGAUUUUAGAGAAAAAAUUAUAAUCCAUAAGGUUAAGUUGAAAGCUAAAGGGGUUGGUUAGAGGGGCCGUGAUACCCCCCACCCCCGGACUUGAGAACCGGAACUUUCGCGAUUGGGAAAGACAGAGGUUAUCUCAGGAGGAGAAACUAUUUCUCCCAACAGCUGUCUGAUGCCUAAAGUGAAUGAGUCUGGAGAGGGAGUGUGAGAGGAUGGACAGGUCUCCGAGGGGUCGAGUCUAAGCAUCUAAGAGCACAUGGGAGCCAGAGAAACAGAUCACAGGGUUGGAGAAGCCUCAACAUACUAUUGACACACAUGCUUAAAAGACAAGGCCAUUCUACUGUCUGCUACUACAUAGAAAUUUCACAUGUAUCAACUAGAUAAGGAAACAGAGGGGAGAGCGAAAAUGUGUAACUCCACAGUUCAUCAUAUUUAUAUUCCUUUUUAGAAUGUGCGAUCUAUGAGGUUUAAGAGCUAUUUCCUGUAUGAUGGAGGUCGUCUGACACGAAGCAAGUGUGCGAGCACGGAUCUUAAAUUUAAAUCAAUUUUGACUGAACCGUGUUAGAACUCAUCUCCCAAGAACAGAGGUGAUUAAUUGAAACAUCACCUUUGGUGGCCUACGCCCUCUGUCUCCCUCCGUAUGUCACUGUGUGUGAAGGACUGAGAUGCAGUAUCAGAAAUAGGAGGAGUAGCUAAAUAACUCCAGGCGAUGGCGUUGCACUCUUCUUCCCACGGAGACUGGCCGUACGGUUCGUUACCUCUUGACCAACAGGGUCCCAUUUGUCCUGCUCCUCUGAAGAUAGCAACCACAGUGAAAAACAAAAACACCCUUGUGCUUGUAGGAGAUCCUCCUGGCAUACGUGAUUCAGAAUUCAAACAAAAUAUGCUUUUUAAGUGCACAGGAACAUUCCUGAGACACAACAUGCUUGGCUAUAAAACAAGCAUCAACAAGUUUUUUUUGUUUGUUUGUUUGUUUGUUUGUUUGUUUGUUUUUGGAGCUGGGGACCGAACCCAGGGCCUCGCACUUGCUAGGCAAGCGCUCUACCACUGAGCUAAAUCCCCAACCCCGCAUCAGCAAGUUUUAAAGGGUUAGGUCCCACCAAGGACGCACUGAACACAUUUGGUUAUGAACUCUAGAAAUGUCCUAUAAAGAAAUCACCCGCUUCUUGCUGGGUGCUGGCUGCUUGCUGUUGAAAUGGGCAAGUUUAUGAAACCCGGGAAAGUGGUGCUGGUCCUGGCUGGACGCUACUCCGGAUACAAAGCCGUCAUCGUGAAGAACAUUGAUGAUGGCACCUCCGACCGCCCUUACAGCCAUGUCCUGGUGGCUGGAAUUGACUGCUAUCCCAGAAAAGUGACAGCUGCCAUGGGCAAGAAGAUGGCCAAGCGAUCCAAGAUCAAGUCCUUUGUGAAAGUUUAUAACUACAGCCACCUCAUGCCCACAAGGUACUCUGUGGAUAUCCCCUUGGACAAAACUGUUGUCAACAAGGAUGUGUUCAGAGACCCAGCACUGAAACGCAAGGCCAGGCGGGAGGCCAAGGUCAAGUUUGAGGAGCGAUACAAGACAGGGAAGAACAAAUGGUUUUUCCAGAAGCUUCGCUUUUAGAUGUAUUUUUGUUUUCGUCAUUAAAAAAUUUAAAAAUUAAAAAAAAAAGAAA